AUGAUGGAAGAAAUGGAAUAUCUAAGAUUGCCUCCAAUAUUGGCAAAAUAAGUUUAACAUCCUGGUAAUUAUAAAAUUAAUAGUAGAGGAAUAUGUACGAAAAAAUGAUCCUAAAGAGCCAGUUAGAAGGAUUUUUAAAAAUGUUCCAAUAUCUUAAGAUGAACGCAAGUAAUUGCAAUAACUUAAAGAUAAUUUAGCAGCUUAUAAAAUUGAAAUAAAUCCUGAGUAUAAUAUUUUAUUAAUUAGCUCAUAAACAGAUGAAGUACUUUUACGUUAUCUAUAUGCAAAUACUUUUAAUAUUGAAAAUACUAAAGACAUGCUAAGAAGCCAUUUAGGUUGGUUAAGAGAACCUAAAAAUUAUGAAUUUGAUCAAGAUGUUUUAGAUAUUUAUGUAAUUUCAUUUAUAUAAAAGAAUAAAGGUAUUGUCUACAUUCUUGGACGAGAUAAAUAAUAUAGACCUACAUUGAUAAUUAAUUGUGAAUAAAUUACAACUGUUAAUAUGGAACUCUUAAAAAGGGCUAUUAGCAUUUUAUGUAUAAUAAUGGAAGAUUAUUGUUUUUAUGAUGGUAAAAUAGAAAAUUGGAAUAUUAUAAUCGAUCUUAAGGAGAAAUGUGUUCUAAAUGUUAAAUUAUAAGAGUAUUAUUCUUUAUUUUAAUUAAUGUAUUAAAAUUUUCCAUGCACAGUAGAUAAAAUAUUUAUAUUACAUCCUUCUUUAAGUAUAUAAUUGGGAUGGGCUGAAUUUUUGGAACAUAUUUAUAAUAAAAAGAAGAUAAUAAUAGUAUCUGAUAUUAAUUAAUUUAAAAAAUAUUAUGAACCUACAUAAUUAGAAAGGAAAUAUGGAGGUAGAAUUGAAAUAAAAAAAUAUUUUCCUCCUUUGAACACCAUACCAGAAGGAAAAUAAUUGACAGAACCUUUAAAACUUUUAGAAACAAUGAAUUAAUAAUAAUAAUAAUAGAUUUUAAUACAAACUAAACAAAGCAUUUAAGCUUAAAAUACUUUUUAAGAAACAGUGACAAAAUAAGUUUAACCAACAGAAACACUUAAAAUGACAAAAACAAAAAUAGAAAGAGAUUUCUCAGUUUAUCCGUAGCAAGAAAUUUAUGACUUUAAAGUUUAUAGGCCAACAGAAAUUUCAAAAGAACCUAUAAAAAAUAUAUCUAAAUAUAAUAGACUUACUUAAGCUGAAAUGAUGAAAAAAGAGUAUUAAUCUCAAGUUUAACAAACUAUACUUCAAUAAAAAUAAGCAGAAGUAAUGAAAAGCUAUAAAUACAAAUAAAGUUAAAUGAUUUUUGAAGGAAAUGAUUAAGAUGAAAUUUUAAGUGAGUAAAUUAGAACUUAAACUGUCAAACCUUAAUCAGUUUAAGGCUAACCUUAAAAUGCAAAAGGAAGGUUAACAGCUGAAUAAAUAGAAGAAGAUAAUGCAGCAUGCAUAAUAUUUUGA